UAUGUACCCCUCUAAAUUUUAAGUGGAAAAAAGUCUUUGAAAUCGUAAUCAAACAAGUGCAAGGCCUUAAGUGCUUUUUAUCAUGGCUCAAUUUGUGACUCACAUCCAGCCAACGCUACUGGAGGCGUCGCAAGGUCAUGUGCCGCACCAUCAUAGCCAUCAGGUAGGCGUGCAGCACUCGUCGCAUUUGCCACACAGUGGCCACAACAUGCCAUCGCCACCCACGGCACACAAUCAUCAUCAUCAUCAUGGCGGACAUCAUGGCAAUGCCUCAUCGCACCACCAGCAAUCGCAUCAGCAACAACAGUCGCAUCAGCAAUCCCAUCAUCAGAAUCCAGAACAGCAGCAAAACCAGCACCAGCACCAGCAUCAGCAUCAGCAGCACCACAAGAAAUCACAUCAUCCGACAGCUCAUGGUGCUGCCAAGACGAUUCAAAGUCCACCCAAGCCGUUGUCCCCGGAGCAUGUGGGCCACUAUGAAUACUUUCAGCAUCAGCAUGAGCUGGUCUUUCAGCAUGGUGGCGCCCCGCUUUGUGACAAGAACAAUAAGCAGCAUCACGAUAAGCAUGAACACUGCCCCACAGGACAUCAGAGUGCGGGCGAUGGCAAUACUUCCUUCCUUCGUGCCGCACGCGCUGGAAAUUUGGAGCGCGUGCUGGAACACCUAAAGAACAACAUUGACAUUAACACUAGUAAUGCGAACGGCCUGAAUGCUUUGCAUUUAGCAUCCAAAGAUGGACACAUACACGUUGUCUCGGAGCUGCUGCGACGCGGUGCAAUUGUUGACAGCGCCACCAAGAAGGGGAAUACAGCGUUGCACAUUGCUUCGCUGGCUGGACAGGAGGAGGUGGUGAAGCUAUUGCUGGAGCACAAUGCCUCUGUCAAUGUGCAGUCACAGAAUGGCUUCACACCACUCUACAUGGCUGCCCAAGAGAAUCACGAUGCAGUAGUUCGUCUCUUGUUAUCUAAUGGCGCUAACCAGAGCUUGGCCACGGAGGAUGGCUUUACUCCGCUGGCUGUAGCCAUGCAACAGGGACACGACAAAGUUGUAGCCGUGCUUCUCGAGAGCGAUACACGCGGCAAGGUGCGCUUGCCAGCACUGCAUAUAGCUGCCAAAAAGGAUGACGUAAAGGCUGCUACGCUUCUACUAGAUAAUGACCACAAUCCGGAUGUGACUUCCAAGUCGGGCUUUACACCGCUGCACAUUGCCUCCCACUAUGGCAACCAGAACAUUGCCAAUUUGUUGAUCCAGAAGGGCGCCGAUGUCAACUACUCGGCCAAGCAUAACAUCAGCCCCUUGCAUGUGGCUGCCAAGUGGGGCAAGACGAACAUGGUCUCGCUGUUGCUCGAGAAGGGCGGCAACAUCGAAGCCAAAACUCGUGACGGCCUCACUCCACUCCACUGUGCCGCACGUUCCGGCCACGAGCAAGUCGUAGACAUGUUGUUAGAGCGCGGUGCCCCAAUCAGCGCCAAAACCAAGAACGGCUUGGCGCCCUUGCACAUGGCCGCCCAGGGCGAGCAUGUGGAUGCUGCUCGCAUUCUACUCUAUCAUCGCGCACCAGUGGAUGAGGUCACUGUCGAUUAUCUCACUGCUCUGCAUGUGGCCGCCCAUUGCGGACAUGUGCGUGUGGCCAAGCUCCUGCUGGACCGUAAUGCCGAUGCUAACGCACGUGCACUCAAUGGAUUUACACCACUGCACAUUGCUUGCAAAAAGAAUCGCUUGAAGGUCGUCGAGCUGUUGCUGCGCCACGGCGCCAGCAUUAGCGCUACUACGGAAAGCGGUCUAACUCCGCUGCACGUGGCCGCCUUCAUGGGUUGCAUGAACAUCGUCAUUUACUUGCUGCAGCACGACGCCAGUCCCGAUGUGCCCACUGUGCGUGGCGAGACUCCAUUGCAUUUGGCUGCACGCGCCAAUCAGACGGACAUCAUACGUAUUCUUUUACGCAAUGGCGCCCAGGUUGAUGCACGUGCUCGGGAACAGCAAACGCCGUUGCAUAUCGCUUCGCGUUUGGGUAACGUUGAUAUUGUGAUGCUGUUGCUGCAGCAUGGCGCUCAGGUGGAUGCCACUACAAAGGACAUGUACACGGCACUGCAUAUUGCCGCCAAGGAGGGCCAGGACGAGGUGGCCGCUGUGCUGAUCGAGAAUGGCGCUGCUUUGGACGCAGCCACCAAGAAGGGCUUUACGCCAUUGCAUCUGACAGCCAAGUAUGGGCACAUAAAGGUCGCUCAGCUGCUGCUCCAGAAGGAGGCGGAUGUCGAUGCACAGGGCAAAAAUGGUGUUACACCGUUGCAUGUGGCUUGCCACUACAACAACCAGCAGGUGGCCUUGCUGCUGCUAGAGAAGGGCGCCAGUCCACAUGCCACCGCCAAGAACGGACAUACACCGCUGCACAUUGCGGCGCGCAAGAACCAGAUGGACAUUGCUACCACUUUGCUGGAAUACGGCGCUCAGGCCAAUGCUGAGAGCAAGGCUGGAUUCACACCACUGCAUCUAAGCAGCCAGGAGGGACAUGCCGAGAUUUCCAACUUACUGAUUGAGCACAAGGCUGCCGUCAAUCAUCCAGCCAAGAACGGUCUAACACCCAUGCAUCUGUGCGCUCAGGAGGAUAAUGUCAAUGUUGCUGAGAUUCUACAACGCAACGGCGCCAACAUCGACAUGGCCACCAAGGCUGGUUAUACUCCGCUGCAUGUGGCCUCCCAUUUCGGCCAGGCCAACAUGGUGCGUUUCUUGCUCCAGAACGGAGCCAACAUCGAUAUGGCCACCAAGGCUGGCUAUACUCCUUUGCAUCAGACCGCUCAGCAGGGCCAUUGCCAUAUUGUCAACUUGCUGCUGGAGCACAAGGCCAAUGCAAAUGCCCAGACUGUCAAUGGUCAGACACCUUUGCAUAUUGCACGCAAGUUGGGCUACAUCAGUGUGCUCGAUUCUCUCAAGUCGAUUACCAAGGAGGACGAGGAUGCCACUGCUGCCGCUCAGACAGAGGAAAAGUAUCGCGUCGUGGCGCCAGAAGCCAUGCACGAAUCCUUCAUGUCCGAUUCCGAGGAAGAGGGUGGCGAAGAUAAUAUGCUAUCCGAUCAACCUUAUCGCUAUCUGACCGUUGAUGAAAUGAAAUCCCUAGGCGAUGACUCGCUGCCCAUUGAUGUUACGCGCGAUGAGCGCAUGGACUCCAAUCGCAUGACCCAAAGUGCUGAGUAUGCGGGUGGAGUACCGCCUACCAUUGGCGAGGAGAUGAUCAGUCCGCACAAGGCUCAAGUCUAUGGCAACUCGCCCAAAGCAACGGUCGACGGUGUCUAUAUAGCCAAUGGAGCUGGCAACGAUGAGCCACCACAUGUGGGUCGCAAGCUGAGCUGGAAGAGCUUCCUGGUCUCAUUCCUGGUGGAUGCACGCGGCGGUGCCAUGCGUGGCUGUCGCCACAGCGGCGUCCGUAUGAUAAUACCGUCGCGCUCCACCUGCCAGCCGACGCGGGUGACCUGCCGCUAUGUAAAGCCGCAGCGCACCAUGCAUCCACCGCAGUUGAUGGAGGGUGAGGCCUUGGCCAGCCGCGUGCUUGAACUGGGACCGUGCUCGACCAAGUUCAUUGGGCCCGUUGUCAUGGAGGUACCGCAUUUUGCCUCGCUGCGUGGCAAGGAGCGUGAGAUCAUCAUCUUGCGUUCCGACAACGGCGAAACCUGGCGAGAGCAUACCAUUGACAACUCCGAGGAGGUUAUUCACGAUGUCAUGCAACAGUGCUUCGAGCCAGAGGAAAUCGCUCAGCUGGAGGAGCAGGCCGGCAAUCAUGUCUGUCGCUUUGUCACCUACGAUUUCCCGCAGUAUUUUGCUGUCGUAUCACGUAUACGCCAGGAGGUGCAUGCAAUUGGACCCGAAGGCGGCAUGGUGUCCAGCACUGUGGUGCCGCAGGUUCAGGCCGUCUUCCCCCAGGGCGCCCUGACCAAGAAAAUCAAAGUUGGCUUACAGGCCCAACCAGUUGAUCCAGAUCUAACGGCUAAGCUAUUGGGUCGCGGCGUUGCCGUCUCGCCGAUCGUAACGGUCGAGCCGCGCCGUCGCAAAUUCCACAAGGCAAUCACACUGAGCAUGCCCGCCCCGAAGGCACACAGCCAGGGCAUGAUCAAUCAGUACUCGGGCAAUACGCCAACGCUACGCCUGCUCUGUUCGAUAACAGGUGUGUUUCGGAAAAGGUCUCUAAAAGGCGGACCGUCACGGGCCCAAUGGGAGGAUGUAACGGGCUCCACGCCCUUGACAUUUGUCAACGACUGCGUAUCAUUCACAACAACAGUUUCUGCCCGUUUCUGGCUGAUGGAUUGUCGCAACAUUUCCGAUGCAACCAAAAUGGCAACAGAGCUGUACAAGGAAGUCAUUCACGUGCCCUUCAUAGCCAGAUUUGUGGUAUUUGCCAAGAAAAUAGAACCUUUCGAGGCACGUCUGCGCGUCUUCUGUAUGACCGACGAUCGCGAGGAUAAAACUCUCGAGAAGCAUGAACUAUACACCGAGGUAGCCAAGAGCCGUGAUGUCGAGGUGCUCGAAGGCAAACCACAAUACAUUGAAAUGGCUGGCAAUCUAGUGCCCGUUACCAAGUCGGGUGAUCAAUUGCAGUUGCAGUUCAAGGCCUUUCGCGAGAAUCGUCUGCCCUUCACGGUGCGUGUAAAAGACCAGCAUGCAGAUAUUGUGGGUCGCACGCUGUUCAUGAAGGAGCCUAAGGUGGCCAAGGGCGAGCCUCCACAGCAACCCAUCUGCAUACUCAACAUUGUCCUGCCAGAGGCUGUCAUACCCGAUUCGACGACAGCAUUCUCUGAACGCGUCUCCUCUGCCUAUCGCACCUCGAUGUUCAGCCUGAGCAAACAUCAGAACGAUCACUACAUUGGCGACAUACGCAUUGUGGACCUAUCCAAUUUGUUGGGCAAGGACUGGAUACAGUUGGCCCCAGAGAUAGGCAUAACAGCCGAUGAGAUUGACGAAAUCAUCAACCAAAAUACCGACAGUAUUGCGCGACAGGCGCAGAGCAUGAUUCGCUUGUACAAAGAUAAGCCAAACUACGAUAUUCUAGCACUGGAAACAGCUCUUAAAAACAUCGGAAGAGACGACAUCAUGAAGAAGUGCAAGAGUGGCAGAUUGUCGCAUUCGCGAGAGUUUGACGAGGCAGAUCUUAUGAAGAACUCCGAGUCCGUAGAAGAGCUGGUCCGCAGAGAAAGUAAGCGAAUACAGCAAAUCAACGAACGCGAAGAAGUCAAAUACUCUGCUGAGGAGAAGGAAGUUGAAGAGUCUGAGUCCGAUGAGGAGCCAGCAAAACGAACCGUUGCCGAACGCCGAGAGAAAAUCGUCAAGCGCCUCUCGGUGGAACGCUCCAUACCAGCCUCCACCCAAAAGAAGGAAAUUACACGAGAGAUUACUGAGAUCAAGCGCAAGAGCUUGAUUGAGGAUAAAAAGGCGCACCACGAAUCAGAGAUUCUGAUGCAGCUACCCGCCGACAAUGUCAUAAUCAAAACCACGACAGUGCCCGAGCAGGUCAUCAAGAUGAAGAUGGGCAAAAUGGAUUCCACUGAAGUGAGCAAGAGCGAAUUCGAUAAGGAGUUGACACAUAAGCUCAAAACUUCCGGACGCAGCUCAGAAGAAGAAGAACYGCCAUCUCCAGACAAGGUUGAUAAGAUUGUCCAGGACAUAAGCACCGCUGAGAAGACGGCCAAGAAGGAUACGGCAACGACUAGCCGAGUGGGCUUUAUUACCCGCCAGGAAGCGCGUGACAUGACCGAGGAUUUCUUGGAAUUCGAAAAGCGCAAUCAACUGCCAUCCAAAACGACGGCUACAGUUCAUGAAAAGUUCUCAGAGGAGUUCAAGGAAAAGACCAGUCCUGUGGCAACAAUUGCUCAGGAAACCAUCAAAGAGGUUGAGCAAGUCAUCAGUGAAGUUACUGAAACUGCUAGCAAGAAAGUGGAGAAUAUAAUCAGUUCCUUCGAGAGUGGCAAACAAGAAAUCAAGGAGAAGAGCAGUGAGCUCACCAAAGACACAACGAAGGUCAGCGAGACCAUAAAGCAGCUGCAAGAAACCAAAAGUACAGCUGGGGAAGAGAUUUCCAAAACAGUUGAAAUUGAGAGCACCAAAAUUGAGGAGAAAAUUGCUGACUUCGAGGCCAAAAAGGUUAGAUACGAUUUUCAUGGCGGCGAGCCAAAGACACAAAUACCCAAGCUGGUAAAGCGAUCUAGCGAAGAGCCCCUUAAGCCGACAGCAGCACCUCGGGCUGCAACUGAAACGGAGUUCGAAAAACCUGUCGAGGCUAAGGUCGAGAAACAAGUCUCAAAGAUUCCAGUCAAGACCGGAGAAGGUGCCAAGAUUGCCGAAGUGGAUGCCCGAAAGUUGACACAAGACUUUCUGCAGGCUGAGCAAAAGACUCAGCUGCCGGCAGUCGAGCCCAAAGCAGCUCCGGCUGCAAGUAAGAUACCGAAGGUGGAGCCCAGAAAGUCAAUUGACAAGGAGGCGAAAAUCUUUGAUGACAUUGUAGUAUCCACUGCAACGAUUAUGACAUCUGGAAUGGCUGCCGAACAGCCCAAGCCACAACCCGAGGUUGCUGCCAAGGCUGAAACUGUGAAUGAAAAGUUGACCGACCUGAUUGACACAUUCCACAAGAUCGAAGAAAAGAUAAUCAAAACUGACAAGCCAGCAGAGGUGGCUGACAAAAUAGAGGGACUUGCUGGCAAAAAGGAGGAACCUCAGGUUACAGCUCAGCAAGAACUGCACGAAUCAGCCAAAAAGGAAGAUAAAGUAGCAGAAAAAGUAGCUGGUGCUAUAGAGACAUUCCACAAAAUCGAGGAGCACAUUGUCUUUGAUACACUUCAGAAAACCAAUGAUUUCCUGAGUAUGGAACAGCAAAGCCAGCUGCCCAGUCUGCGAAGUGCACCCGAGUCGCUGAUCGAGUCCAGCCAGACAUCAACAGCUUCCGAGCCAGAAUCCGUGAUAUCUGUAAAAGCAGCACCGCCAGCCAGUAAAAUACCUGUUGUAGAACCAAGAAAGUCAUUAGUCGAGGAAACAGUGAAACCAGCUGGGGUGGCAAGCAGCCAACAGCAGAAGCCAGCUACACUAAACGAACGUCAGCUUACCGCAGACUUUUUGAAGAUGGAGCAACAAGCUCAGCCUCAGCCUCCGUCGCAGCCUCAGUCUCAGCCCCAGGCUCAGUCUCCAAAGAUUAUCGCUGAAACAACCAUUUUGCCAGAAGUGAUGCAGACAAAACUUGCUGCGCAGGAACCAACAGUCAUAACUGAGAUAAAAACUACCACUGACAAGGAACCUAAAGCCACAGUCGUAGAGCCCGAGACGAACAUCGUUGCUGGAGAUGGCAUCGAGUCUGCUGCACCAAUUAGCGAAGUUUCACCAUUUGCCGCACGUAAGCUGACUGCCGAUUUCCUAGCGAUGGAGCAACAAGCUCAGCAGCCUAGCAUACCUAAAACAAUGUCAGAAUAUGAUAGCGAUACGUUCGAUAAGCGGGCCACAGUGCCAUUGAGCGAUGUCCUCAAAGAAGAAGGACUCUCUGCACCGCUGUCCAUUGAGCCACGCAAAUCGCUGACCGAUGCGGAGUUCUGCAAAUAUGUCGGUGAGACCAUUACCAAAAAGAUGAGCGAGGGUUUAAUUGAAAUGCCAGAUGCACUCAAACAGAUAGCGAGCGACAUACCAUAUUCCCAAACUCCGCCACCAACACCGAGUGAUGCCAAAACCGAGAAGCAGAAUGAGCAAUCCGACCUGGGCGAUCUAGAGCAUGAUUAUUUAGCCGACACUGUGACCACUUUGCACACGACCGCAGAGUCGACGUUCGAACGCGUCGCUGCCAUUUCCACAGUUGAAGGCCUUACGAAAACAACAAUUGCCCCAACCAUUCUGCAUACAGAGAAUAUCUCUCAUACUUUUGGUGAUCAUAAAGUUGGUGAAUGUGAUGAUGGCGAAGAUGUUAAUCGUGUGGCACGCAUACGCGAGGAAGCCAAAAUUCUAGUCGAUAAUGUGCUCGAAGAGAGUGUCGAUUUUAUUGAGGGCCAUGGGGAUCAGGCCAAUGGCCACGAUUUCAUAAAGCACGAAUACAAUUCUGAGAGUGAGAAUUAUGCCAUAACAUGCGACGAUAUUGUCGGCGUUGAUGUUAUCAAAUCGCCAACUAUUGAGUCCAUGUCGGGCAAAUCAUUCGAUGAUAAUAUGAGUUUCACAGAUGAGCACAUUAAUUUACCCUUGCAUGCCCAAAACAUAACAGCAACAACUACAACAACAACAGURACAACGCAAUUCCAACAACAACAACAACAGCAACAACCACUAGCCUCAUCGACAGCAAAAGAGCCUAGUGAAGGGGAAGAUAAAAUGGAGGUGCGAACCAGACGCAUCGAGCAUAAGAUACAAAAGCUAUCCGCUGACGUAGAUGAUGUCAGCGCCCGAUUCGAUGAGGCAUUCGAAACAGUUGUACAAGAGGACGAGAUAAGCGCCCUGCAGGGCGAAUAUUCGAAGCUCAGUUGGGAUGAUAGCGUUUCGCCCACAACUAAUACAAUGGCCGAUAUGGCACAGACCCAAUUAACGCCCGACAAUGAUAUACAAGAAUUGACUACAGAAACAGGCGGCGAUUUACCAAUCUCAACCGAUACCACUCCUAAACCACCGUCGGCUGUUGUCACAACAACAACAACAACUAAAACAGCAGCUGAAACGGUGGUCGAAACCAAUACAUUCACGACCACCAGCCAAGACACACCCACACCAAAACCUCGCGUACUCAAAGCAAGCCCGCCCGACUCCAUAUCCGAAGGCACAGAUAGCACCACCAUUCCAAAUCAAGUUCAGCAAUCAGACAUACCGAUCGAUAUAAGUAUUGAUGCAUCUGCACCAGUUCCGAAGCCCCGUGCUCCCAUUAAGCACACAGAUCAGUUUGAGAAUCUGGCAGCAUUGGGCGAACAAUCCGACAGCAUUAGCCUACGUAGUUUUGAUUUUACAGAGGAUAUUUCCAAAACAGACGAGCCCUCCACAGAGCUGUCGAUCCGAUCGCAGCUAAGGGAUAUUGUCACAACAACAACCACAACAACUGCAUCUGAGGAUCACACUGAAAGUUUUGAUCCAACAAGCGAAAUUUCAGUAGACGAAGCAGACACAGAAAAAUCUGAAGGUGUCGAGAAGACAACAAGCUUUUACAUUGGCGAAUCAAGCCAAAAUGUAAUAACGAAAACCUUUACGAAAUCCCCUAGUAUGACGCCACAGGACGAAGAACCUAAGACAGAAAUGACCGAGAUAGAAGCAAAGGAUAUAUGUCUUAUGAAGGAGGUCUCAGUUGAUUCAGAUGAAGCUAAUGAUGCCUUUAAGGAAUAUGUAACUAUGAAACCCGAUGAGCCAGCUGGUUUGGAUAGCAAAAUAAUCAGACAAAGCUCGGAAACUAGAAAUGAUCUCCUGGAAUUGGAAAAUGCUGAAAGAGAUAAAACCACCGAAGCUAAAAUGUCUAAAGUAACCACCGAGGAGAGCCUAACCACGUCGACCGGCUCCAGUGGUCGUGCGGUUAUCGAGGUGGCGCCUUCAAGCAGUGAAGAAUCAAGCAAGGAAAUUCCGGAAAUAGUCAACACAAUUAUUGAAAAGCCAGACAAAUUCGAGGUGCCACUUGAGAAAAGUGAGUGGGAAAUGGCUGAAAAAGAAAUUCCCACUGCAAGUAAACCAAAGGUACUUCACUCGCCACAGCAACCACAGGCAUUGACCGAAAAACCCAUAGAAAAGAUUCCGGAAUCCACAGGGGCUAUUAAAAGAGAAUUUGAGCUUAGCAAAGUGCCUCAAGACUUUCGUUCUGAUAUUGAAGUAGAGGAUGUGUCAUCCUUUAUAGGAAUACCGGAACGUCAAGCCUCCACAAUAGAUGCUACUAAGCCACCAGAGGGUCUCUUCGAUACAACAGUCAAGGAGACAUUAAACAAACAAGCUGUCAUUGCUCAUUACGGUAACGAUGCGCCAAGCGAAGUAGAUCGACGUGAUGAUCAUGGAUCUCUAGGAUUUGUUUCAACAGGCACAGCUGAGGACUUUAGUUCAAUGGAAGAGCGUUUGGCAAAGGAAGAGCAAGUCUCACUUGGCUUCAUAUCUACCGAAACAGCUGAUGACUUUAGCUCCAUGGAGGACUAUUACACAGAGAGGUUAGCCACAGCAUCUGUAGUCGCAGAAGGCAACGUUGCCGAUAAGUCGAUUAGCAGCACCUUCGAGGAAGCAGUUUCUGAUCACAGCAUUAAGCCAGUCGACUUAGUAGUACAUCGCAUAAAAACUGAUUCGUCGCCAGACUCCACCAAUCGCUGGUCUAUUCCAGAUGUAGAUCAUUCAAGCUCCAGCGACAGCUACCACAAGAGUUUCGAUAAAACUCAGAGUCGUCCGCUAUCGUCAGAUGUAGAAAACUUGCUUACAGGUACCGGAACAUCAAGCGAGUAUCAAACUGCACGAGAUUUCACACCUUCCACAUGUCGCGAUGGCACCGAGUACGUGAGUGCAGUCAGUACUCUAGGUAGCAGCAGUGGAAAGUCGAUUAGCUCGCAUGAGAGCAUGCGCAGCCUGGACUCCCAGUCAGAAACUUCAGCCAAUCUGAUAAGCAUUGACGUCUCUGAGCUGUCUGAGACUCUAGUAGCAUCCUCAACAGAAGCUGAUGCCUUGGAGGCUGAAGAAAUGGCUCGCCUGCACGAUCUGCGUGCUGAUGACGACGAUAGUGAUGAGAGCCUUGAUAUGAUAGCCUCUGCCUAUCCUACAACUGAACAGCAAAGCGCGAUGAAGCGCUCUCAGGAAAUGAUAUUCAAGCCCAAGUCUGAGGCUGAAGUUAUACCUCUGCAACAAACGUCAGAGACUGCACAGAUUGAUGAGUAUCCCAAACCGAAAGAGAUCGAACGCACUUGGGGACUAGCCUAUCCAAUUGAAGAGAAAGAGGGAAAGAUGGAUAGCCCCCGAGAGAGCGAAAAGGGAGAAGAUAUACUGCUCUAUCACGGUGAUUCGAGGCGUUCAAUUGACGAGUCGAAGCUAGCCUCAAGCUUAGAUGAGGGAAGCAUUCUCUCUGUCAGCAUGUCGAGUACAUCAAAUAUCGAUACUGUUGUGGAAAACUUUGAUGACAUAAUCGGCUCUGCCGGUUCCUCGUCAUUGACAGGUAUUGAAGGUUUUCAAUAUGGCCAUGAGGAUCCAAUUCCAUCCACGUCAAUACCAGAAGACACAUUCAUUAUGGAAAUGGAAAGUAAAGAAAGUUCGCCACAAGACUCGAAUGCCAGUACACCGCCUGGCAGUGAGUCGAAGAGGCGUGGUCACAAACGCAAUGAGAGUACAACAAUUUCUGGAGAUGCGCUAAAGAAUUUAGACAAGGAUACACCAACACCAGGUGAAGGCAAGGAAUCGGAAAGUGAGUCCGAUACAGACCCCUACGAAUCCGAAUAUGCUCGCCAAUUCCGCUCUCCAAAAGAACGAAAGCAUAAGAAAAAAAAACAAGCAGCUGCUGAGAUGGAUCACAGCUCCGAGCUUGAGAAACGUCCAUUCACACCCUCUCAGCUGGUAGCCGAAGUCAUUGUUGAGGAUGCGACAGAGGAGCUGGAAGCGGAAGCAGCCAUGAUUGAAGAGCGACGACCCUCGCAAAAUAUGCAAGACUACUCAAAUAUCCCUGACAUAAUGGUUACCGAGGAUGUAAAGUCGCCGAUUUUGGAAGAAGACGCUGAUGACUUUCCGGAGAAGACUUUGUAUAAGGUUCGCACUGAAGAGGAGCUAAACAAAGCAAGUGAUGUGGCCAUUUACCAAAAAGCCAAAGAAGAAGAAAAGGAGCUCGACUUCCAGAGACGAGUGCAGGAGCAAUAUAAGCAGAAGCUUGAAGAACUCAAGAGAGCCGAAGUGGGUGCAGAUUACGAUGAUCAAAGGGCAGCUGAUUCGCCCGACUCCUUUGAAAUGGUUGAACAACCUGAUAUCUCAGAUGAGUUUGUCAUCAUUGAGGAAGUAGCCAAAGAGGCCAAUGAGGUGGAUUUGGGCGGAAAAAGCAUAAAGAUUAAGCCAACCAAAUAUGAACAGAAACAUGAUCAGGAUGUUGAAAAAAUAAUAAUAAAAUCAGCACCUGCCGAUCCCAAACUGGGCUCUCAGCUAUACAAGGACGACCUCAACUUUGAGUUCGAGGAAAGUCCGCCAACAGGAGCCAGCAGCAGCAGCGAGCAGCAGGAGGAAAGCGAUUCAAGCGAUACUGCAGCUGCAAAUAAGCGCUGGGUCGAGAUGCAGCUGACUGACACACAGCUGCGUUAUCCCUAUGAUCUAGCGGGCGCUGUGUUGGAGGAUAUUAAGGAGGAAGAUGGAGAGUUCGAGGUGGGCAGCAGUCGCAUUAGCAGUUUCAAGGAUUCGUUCUCGAGUACACCAGAAUAUGAUUUGGCAGCACGUCGCUAUCAUUCGCGCGGUGACCACGAUGAUGUCUCCAUGAGCAGCCUGCAAGAGUUUGAGUCCCUGGAGCAGGCCAUUUCGCUAGAGAACCGAAAUCGUGGCCACCAAGGCUCCACAGACUCUAGCAAUGGUAGCUUCACACGCCGCUAUAUGGUGCGGCACAGUGGCAGUGGGACAGCGCCUGGCGAUGAUGUCUCAAUAUCUAGCCUCAAAGAUUUUGAGGGACUGGAAAAUGCAUGCAUUGAAGCUCAUUUAAUUGAGAUCAAAGCCAAGGAGGAGGCGGCAAUGCUGUCACGUUCGGACGAAUCCAACAAAUCGAACGGCAGCGACCACGGUGCCGCUGGCAAUGUGGUGGUCACCAAGGUAACGCGCACUGUGACCCGCACUGAAGUGCUGCCAGCUGGCCAAGCAGAAAACCUUGAACUCUUGCUCAAGCAACAACUGGAGAGGGACGAAUUUGACUCGAAAGCAGUUAGUGGCACAGUCAAGAUUACUGAACUGCCAACCACCGAACUGGAUCUGAAGUCAAAAAUUGACAGCCAGGAUUCGGAAAAGGACAGCAUCGAUAGCAUGGAGAUUCGAAGCCAUGACAUGAUGACCAGCAGUAUAGAGAGCUUCGAUAUCUCCAAAGAUGCGACCACACGCUCGGACAUUGACUCCUUGGAAAUUGAUAAGCGCCACUCGCGACAGGAGAGUAUUGAAUCGUUUGGGGAUGAGCAACUGGAUCUUAUGUCCAAGCUGGUCACUGGUGGUGGUGUAACAUUAGGAGAUGGUUUGACUACCACCACGACAACCACAACCACCAGCACAGACGCCGAUGGCCAAGAACACACUGUCACACGUGUGAUAACCACCACGACGGUUACCAGCGGCGGAGGUGGAAGUGGCAUUCAGGAGUUGCCACUGGAUGAGAGCGGCAUGUCCAAGGACAUAUCCGUUGAUUCUCUAAACCUGUGCAUUGAGCAAACUACCAGCUCAGCUGGUACAACGGCUACGUAUCAGACAAGCGCUGGAAACUCUCAGAUGUCCGGGAGCAUUACGAGCUGUGCAUCAAGUACGUUAAUGGAGGAUUCAUUCCCUGGUGUGGGGGGCAUGUCAUCCUCUCAAAUGUCGGCCAGCUUUUGGUCGCACGACGAGUCGACGGUGGUUGAGGAUGAAGAUCUAAGGACACAACCGCAACAACARCAACAGCAGCAACAACACCAAUAAAGAUGAGAAGAAAAGAAUUUAUUAAUAAGGGGCUUAAACAAUGACUAAGAAUAAUUGGCUAGACAAGACAUUCAACUAAGGAUGGAAGUACAGUUCGAAUCCUAUAUCCUGACUAAGAAACACACUGAAUGGGACACCACAUCACCAACUUUUUAUGACACGGACUUUCAUAUUACUAACAGCUUGAUGAUCAUAUUAUAAUAAAAACUAGCAAAUUCGUCAUUUUUUCAUCAGUAUAAACAUUUUAAAUGAAUAUGAAAUGCAUUCACAUGAGUUUUAAA